AGGUGUCCCUGCAUGUCGCCUGUGUGGAUGCAUGAUAACACGACAGGGUCGGUGAUGCUGGGCGUUCCCUCACCGGAGCGAACCCCAGCUCGCUCGAGGGGCCGGCGGCUCUCUCCCGGUGUCGCCCCCGGUAACCUCUAGGUGGAGGUGAUGACAUCAGACAGGACUAUAAAAGCAACGUGGUUUUUUCCAAAAAGUCCGAGCUGAGCACUGAACGACGCCGGCUCGGCCUCAGGACCAGGAGGCUGCGGAGCUUCAGUCGCACCUACAACUGAUGCAUUUAAAUCAACCUGACAUCCCGCCGAGCCUCGGUGCGUCUCCGGUCUCCGGACGCACUCCAACGUCUCCAAUGUCCCCGCAUGGAAGUGUGAAGACACGCAGGGUCAUGCAGCUACACGGAUCUCCUCGUUUGAACCACAGAAAGAUGAGUGGCGGCCUGAAAGUGGCCGCCACGUGGAGCCUAUGGACAACAGAAUCCAGAUAAAUUAGAUUAUUGGAUUGGCUGCCACAGAUUAGAGCUCCUUCGCUCCCUCGGUGCCUCGUAGGAAAAUCGCGUAAUUUACGCGGAGUUUUCGGGAAAUUCAGGAGGUAGUCCCUCCAGACUGGCGGCCAUGCUGACCAGCCUAAUGGAAGGUCUUCUCUGCUGCCUGACCACAAAGUCUGCCAACGUGGUGGUUCCUGUCGAAACCUCGGAACCUGCGGAUGGCUAUGAGUUUGUAGAGGUGAAACCGGGCCGCGUCCUGCGGGUUCGACAUGUCAUCCCUGACCGGCCGGUGGUGGAGGAACCCACUGCGCAGGGUGGGAGUGUCAGCUGCAAACGAAAGAUCACAGUGUACCGUAACGGACAGCUUUUCAUCGAGAACCUGGGCGAGGCAGCAAGUGCAAAGCGGAAAAACGGCGAGAAUGGCAAGACGGAUGAUAACAACGCUGCGGAGGUAGAACCUGCAGACUGUGCUAACUGCUCAACGCCCGUCAGCGUCCCCGAGGCCAGGUCAGACGCCAUCACAGCCGGAAACAACGGUGCAUCGGAAACGGGAGUAAGAGUAGGGUCACCUGCUGCUGAACAGACUGACCAGCUACAGCAACCCAGGAUGCGCCGGCGGAAGCCCAAGCGCACUGUGGUGAUCGACUGUGAGAGGAAGAUUUCAGCCUGUAAAGAGACGCAUCCGGACGUGGCUCUGUUUUUCGUCCACGGAGUGGGAGGCUCGCUGGACAUCUGGGGCAGCCAGUUGGACUUCUUCUCUCGCCUGGGCUACGAGGUGAUCGCCCCGGACCUGGCGGGUCACGGGGCCAGCUCGGCACCACAGAUCGCUGCAGCGUACACUUUCUAUGCCCUGGCUGAGGAUGUGAGACUAAUCUUCAAGCGAUAUGCCCGGAAGAGGAAUAUUCUCAUAGGACAUUCUUAUGGUGUGUCGUUCUGCACGUUCCUGGCCCACGAGUAUCCGGAACAGAUCCACAAGAUGGUGAUGAUCAACGGAGGUGGUCCCACAGCUUUGGAGCCCAGCCUCUGCUCCAUCUUCAACCUGCCCACCUGUGUGCUCCACUGUCUCUCCCCGCUGCUAGCCUGGAGCUUUCUCAAGGCUGGCUUCGCUCGGCAGGGUGCCAAGGAGAAGCAGCUGCUGAAAGAGAGCAAUGCCUUCAACGUGUCGUCCUUUGUGCUGCGUGCCAUGAUGAGCGGGCAGUACUGGCCCGAGGGGGACGAGGUCUACCACGCUGAGCUCACAGUGCCCACCCUGCUGGUGCACGGCAUGCACGACAAGUUUGUUCCCGUUGAAGAAGAUCAGCGCAUGGCAGAGAUCCUCCUAAUGGCCUUCCUGAAGUUGCUGGAGGAUGGCAGUCACAUGAUCAUGAUGGAGUGUCCCGAGGUUGUCAACACACUCCUGCAUGAGUUUUUCCUCUGGGAGCCUGCCUCCUCUCCAGCCCCAAAGAAAGAGUCCAAAACGCGCCCAGAGACCGCCAAAGCCCCCGCUGACAACGCCAAGGCGUCGUCCGAGCCCGUCAAGGCCCGGCCGGCAACUGCCAGGCAGACCUCAUCAAACGUCGGUACAGAGGAGAAUCCACACAGCAAGGCCAAAAACUGACUGGAGAUUAAAGGCUGACUCGGAUCAAAGAUGAAACUUCCACCGGCUGUUUCACUAAAUCAUGGCUGGCAGUGCUCUUUGUAAGUCCUGGGAAACGGAGCUGGUUGGAGCUGUUGAGCCCGAUGAUGAGCCAAAAGAGCCAAUUCAGCUGAAACGGUCCAGCUAAAGACGGACCUAAUGGAAGUGGGACACGACAAGAGACUUCAAAUGUGAUUCCAGUCAUGUCAGCCGAAGGUCGGAGGAAGGGGAGCUUUCUUUGUAGCGAGACAACAAUGGUCCAUUCUCCAGCUCACAGCUCCCUGUCCUACACACAGUCAUGUGAGGUGAUGAUGUCAGGGAAGGCGGAGGAAGAGUAGUAGCAGACAGCCAUGAUGGCAAGAGGGGGGAAAUGAACAGUUGAUGCAGAAAAGGUGGUCAAAGUUAACUUCUGUGGACAGAUCAAAAAGUGUCACCUGCUACACAGACAGGUACAUUUUUGAAAGGAUAUUGGUUGAAGGCCUGGUCGGACUUUUGCCAUUCCAAAGCAAAGCAAAACAAUUGGUUUGUGUGAAACAUGCAUCUGUCUGACUGCCUGGAAAGCAACAGCAGGAUCUAAACCUUAUUGAACUAUAGCUGGAUGGUUUUCUUGAGGUUUGAUAUAGAAUAGUGACCCGUAGCUAGCUGUGAACUGUCUACCUGUGUGUGUGUGUGUGUGUGUGUGUGUGUGUGUGUGUGUGUGUGUGAUUUUCAUGGCAUUGUAAAUUGGAAACCUCACCUGUUCAAGAUAUGAGAGAUUUUUAAUUUUUUUGUCAUACACAAAAUGCAACUAAAAGCCGACGCAAAGAUAUUAAUUGAUUUCAUGUGAAUGUGUUGCAUUUUUUGAUCUCCUAGAACUGAGCCACAUUGUUAUUGUUGCACCGUAGCUCGGGGAUUUGCGCAACCACUUCUGGUAACAAGAACUCAGGAGAAGGGUGUUUUGUGGCCGGUGGCGUUUGUUGACGUGUCGAGGACAGAAGAAGUGAAAGUAAAUCUGCUGCUUCCUAGAAUUCAGGGAUAUUCGUGUGUUAUGUGUGUCAGUCCAGUGUUCCCCUUCUAAAUUUUGCAACGAAUCGCGAUGCUGUAUGGAUGGAAAGGACCAAAUAUUUUUGCACUUGACAGUCAAGCUGUGCCGAAGUGUCCUUGGGCGAGACACUCAACUUAUUUAGUGCACUAGGUAAACCUCUGUGUUGUAUGAGUGAAUGUGACUUGUGUGGUAGAAAAGUGCUAUAUGAAUGCAGUUAAUUUUACAUAAACUGCAACCAAGAUGACACCACACUACAGUGUGUAUGAAAACACUCACUAUGUUUAUCAGGAAGCUGCAUGCUGUAGCGUUUUUGAUUAUAUUGAUUAUAAUCCCCAUCACAACAAAACUUGUUUUAAUGGUUCUUAUAGUUCACGCAGAACACAUUUUGUAUGCAGCAUUUAAAUGUUUUAUUAAUAAUAAUUCAUAAACCCUUGUGUAGUUCUGGAUAAGUGUCUGUGCUCGGAAUUUUAUGUAAUUAUUUUGGAAUUGAUAAUCGUUUGAAACUUAAACUGCAUUGAUCCUUAUUAUUUUUACCUUGAGGAGUUACCUUGAUUAGUAUGAAAACUGUAUUUUGACACGUCUAAGUAUUCUUGAGUCUGAGCUUUUGCAGGUCAAGAGUUAGGCUGAGGGUAAGUGUUGAUUUGACAUAACACUGGAUCUAUCUACAGUUUAUUGUGAACACGUGUGCUGCAUCUCCACAGUCAGUCAGCUUAAGGAAGCUGUUAAACCUGCUCCGACUGUUUUUCCAUCAGCUGCCACGUUCUUAGCAUGUCCAUAGUUCAGGUAUUUAUAAUGUUCUGAGCCUCUAACAGAGAGAGCUCGGACGGUGCAGAUGAAGCACUGAUGUCAUUGGAUUUGAUAUUUUUUUAUACAUAGAGUAUACUUUUUUAUACAUUGCACUUAGAUUUGUGAGAGCAUAUCAAAGAUGCAGCUCUGAUCAGAGAGAUGUAAUAGGCUGUCUCCUGAGCUGAAGAAAAAGAAAACUGUAAGCUUGUGUUUCUUAUAUUUUGUAACUGUUUGCCUUCGAUAUUGAUGCAGAAACAUCUUUCUUGACAUUCACAGAGAUUUGACUGAAGAUUCAAAUCUAGUGUAGUCGUCGUAUUAUAAAAAAUAUGUAUAUUUUAAAUAUCUUAGGACAAAGAACACAUGCGUCCGCCUUACAGCCCCUGAAAACUUUGUUGCAGGUUUUCAUGAUUUUUCUCUGACCAUUAAUGUUCAUAAAUAAAUAAGCAGCAAUUUAAGUUAUAGUUGAGGAAAAUAAAAAGGGCGUGUUAACACUGAACACUUUUUGGAGCAUUUCUGAGAUGCGCUGGGUUUAAACAAUGUAAAUCCAGCCGAUUAAAAUUAAUCUAUAAUGAAAAACAAAACUUUAAAAUGACAAAGGUAAAUUAGUAAGUACUCUGCAUAAAUACUUUCCUUAUUGUAAGUCUCCUUUAAUCACAUUUUGCAGUGUCGCAUGAACAAUUUAAACUUAAUUAUUUUAUAAUACCAAUGUAUAAAUGAAGAGUGUAGCAUCUGUUUAUUUAGCAAGAAGACCAAUACUUAAACUUACUCCAACUAUGAAUGCAGUUAUAGUGAGAUAUAAAACAACAACUUACCUACUGUAGCUUCUGCAUAUUUAAAAAAUGUAGCUCUUAUAUCUCUCAACAUGCAGUAAAUCCAAGGCUGCUAGUUUGAUGACAGCAUUUCUAGAGAAACUUUACUCCCAGAGAUUAUUUGUAUGGAGGCUGCUAGUUUGAUGACAGCAUUUCUAGAGAAACGUUGCUCCCAGAGAUUAUUUGUACGGAAGCCGAGAACGGUCGUGCUUCCAGAUCUUUUUAUAAUACCGUUAUCUCCAAAUGAUGAGUUAUUAUCUCGUUAUAACGAAUUAUUAUCUCGAGAUAACAAGGCUCUUGCAAUUGUAAUUGCAGGCACGGCCGUUCUCGGCUUCCGUAUAUUUGCAUCCUUACACAAAAUCUACUAAAAUAUUUAUAAAUUAGAAUCUUUUCUUUCUUUAGAAAUUGACAAUAAAACAUUUGAUCUUCUUUUUUUUCUUUCUUUCUUUUUAAACAUGUCUCAAUCCGAACCACAAUUGUAUAAAAGCUUUACAAUGUUUA